UUCAUUCUGAAUGCUAAUUAAAUCAAAGUCUCCGGGGCUUCGAGAUUCAUGAGAAAUUUCCACUUAACCUGCUAUAUUGACUACAAAAUGCAAAUUCGAUUUUGCUUAGAGAAUAAUGUUACUAAAACCCACAUGCAUCUGCUUUCUGGCUCCUGUCUGUGCAUGCACUAUAUAAGAUGGCAGUUAGAGGCAAUCUCCACCAUAUGCCAAGCAGGCACCUUUCUAACUCCUAAACACCUUCCAAAUCUUCACUUCUCUUUGAGACUAAAAGCCAAAAUGAAGGUCGAGGUCGUUGCCAGAGGUAUUAUUAAGCCUUCCUCUCCAACCCCUGGCCACCUUCGAAAUCUCCACUUCUCCUUCCUUGACCAAAUUGCCACCCCUGUUUUUAUGCCAAUGGUUUUUUUCUAUCCAAUAGACGGUGAUGUCAAUGUGGGUAAUUUCAAUAGAACCGAGUGGCUGAAGAAAUCCCUGUCCGAGACCUUAACUAGAUUUUAUCCCUUAGCCGGACGUGUCAAAGACAAUGCCUUCAUUGACUGCAGCGAUGAAGGCGUCCCUUUCGUUCAAUCCAGAGUAAAGUGCCAACUUUCAGAUGUCGUGAGGCAACCCGAGCCUGCCCAACUCAACAAGCUACUCCCUUAUGAAUUGGAUAACGUAGGAGAUUUAAUUUUGGCAAUUCAAGCCAAUAUAUUUGACUGUGGUGGAAUGGCCAUCGGCGUUUGCAUCUCUCAUAAAAUUGCAGAUGCAUUAUCUCUAAUCAUGUUUCUUAAUAAUUGGGCUGCCACUGCGCGUGGGGACAGUUAUACGGUCCCUCCACGAUUUGAUUUGGCCACCCUUUUUCCUGCCAGAAGCAUAUCCGGAUUUAAACCCAGCACUGGAAUUUUUAAAGACAAGAUUGUGACAAGGAGGUUCGUGUUCAGUGCUUCAAUGAUUGCCGCACUAAGAGCUAAGUAUGCUGAUGAUGGUGCAAGUAAUGGAGAAUUCCAAAGGCGGCCCACACGAAUCGAAGCACUUUCAACCUUCAUUUGGAGCCGCUUCAUGGCUACAACUCACGGAAAACCUGACCCUGAAAAGCUCUACACAGUGCUUCACGCAGUGAACCUGCGCACAAGGAUGGAUCCGCCAUUGCCAGAGUACUAUUUCGGUAAUAUCAGCCGAUUUGCGAUAGCAAUACCGUCUAUAAACUCCGAGGAAGAGUGUUUUGGCAUCGUGAGCGAGGUGAGAGAUGCAAUAAGGAAGAUAGAUGGCGAUUACGUGAGGAAACUUCAGGAAGGAAGCGGACACUUGAAUUUUAUGAAAGAGCGAGCUGAGAGAAUCACAAAAGGAGAUGUGGUUUCUUUCAGCUUUACCAGUUUAUGCAGGUUCCCUCUUUACGAAACCGAUUUUGGGUGGGGAAGACCUAUUUGGGUUGGCUCGGCUAGCCUCACCUUCAAGAAUUUGGUGGUUUUCAUGGACACAGGUUCAAGCGGCGGCAUUGAGGCCUGGAUUAAUAUGAAGGAGGAAGACAUGGCUAGGUUCGAAGGUGAUGAGGAGUUGCUUGCGUUUGUUUGCUCAGCUCCGGAUGCUUAAAACUUGUGGGUUUUAGUUUACUCUACUUCCGAAUCUGCUUCCAUGCUUUUCUUGCAAAUGGUUGAUGGAUAUUUGCUUCAAUGUUUGAAACUAAAAACUUAAUUUUUUUUCUUUUUUUGGAUUUUGAUCUUUUUUUGAAGUGGUAUUAAUAUCUUUAGAUGCCAUGUCCAAUGUAAAUAAAAAAAAUG